ACGAUCAGCUUCUGUGGGUGGAGUGUUUACAGUUUAUAUUAUUGCAGCUUUGAAAAUUUUGUAUUUUUAGGCCAGUUGAGAUUAUAUUUACAAAAAAAAUGAAUAACUCCGCAGCAAGUUCUGCGGCUAAGGUUGGAGAAAUAUUUACUGAGGCUGGAGCGGCUUUUAACAAAUUAGCAGACUUAACUAUGUUACUACAUCCAAUGGGAGAACCAACCGUAGGCCAGCAGCCCAAAACUCCAGUGAAGAAGAAAUUAACUGAAGAAAGGAGUAUGGCCAGUAGCAGUUUACCAGCCCACAGUCAACAUAUUCAUACUGCACCUUUAUCUCAACAGGUGACUCUAAACAUGUUGAAUGCUCAGGAAACGGAGAUGGACACAGAUGGAUUGGGUGGUGAUGUCAAGCUGGAAUUUGAAUCAAGCACAGAGGAAGUAACCACUUAGAAUGAAACAAAAUUAUUAAAACUUAUACAUGUAAUGUCAUCAAUCAUCUCUAGAGCCUUUUCCCAACUAUGUUGGGGUUGGCUUCCAGUUUAACCGGAUAAUGGGAACCGGACCGAAACUUAUACAUGUAAUGAUGUUAUCUAUUUCAUAAUACAUUAUGCAGUGAGGCAUAUGUCUUCUAAGAAUUUGAGCAAAUGUUUUGUACAUUGUGUAAGAUAAUUUUGGCAUAGGAAUCUAUUGUUUUUUACCAAGAGUGUCAAGUGUUACAAGAUGGACUUGUUAUAAUUAUUAAAAUGAUAAGAAAGUACAUACUUAAA